AUUAUUAUUAUUUAUCGUCCACCACUCUUCUCGCGUUCGAUUUACAAUGCAAAUUGAGAAAAUAUUAGCCGGUACUUCCCCACCACUUGUAUAUUACUUUACUUGUUUUGUUAUUAUUGUGAUGGCGUUAUAAUUGCUAGACGUGAUUUAGAAAGCGUUUCGCACUGAUUAGAAGAGCGAGGUCAGAGCGUAUCAGCAGGCAGCAUCCGUAGAGAUUAUUAUUAUUAUACCACAGACCACAGUUCUCCUCUGGACGUGAAACAGUGAGCAUCCAGUCACGAUGGCUUCGAACAUCAACCUUCUGGUUAUUACCUGCGCCCUAUUUGCUUCGGUAACGUACGGUGCGGUUCUGAAGAACCAAACUACAGCCGAUCAUCACCACGUCAGCUCCAAGGGUAUCUGCCACUUGGAAGUACCAACGAUCGAUCUUAUCCACGAAGACGAAAGAACCGGCAAGAUCCCAGCAGGCAAUGGCUCAAGGGCUGGAUACAGCAAGAUCCAGAUCUGUUGCUCUGGUUACCAACUGUUGAAUCACAGCGCGUUCUUCUGCGUCCCGGUGUGCGACAACGGUUGCGAGAAUGGCAACUGCACCGCUCCCAACGUGUGCGAAUGCAAGAAGGGUUACAUUAAGGAUCCGAGUGGUCAGUGCGUGCCCACCUGUCCGAUCGGUUGCCUGAACGGCGUCUGCUCCGUGUCCAAAGUGUGCUCCUGCAAUACCGGUUACACCCUCGACCCCACCGGCGAGAUGUGCCUGCCCAUCUGCAAGGGAGGUUGCGGCAUCGGCGGAGAAUGCGUCGCCCCGGAAACGUGCAAAUGCAAACCAGGAUUCGAGAAGAGCGUGCGUGGUAUCUGCGAGUACCAUUGCGACGGCGGAUGCGAGGGCGGCGAUUGCGUGGGUCCGAACAAGUGCGUGUGUCGUCCCGGUUUCGAGAGGAAGGACGGCGCGUGCCGUGCGAUGUGCGUGGGCGGCUGCAGAAACGGCGAUUGCGUCGGUCCGAAUAAAUGCGAAUGCAAAUUUGGAUGGAAGCUGGACAAGAGCGGUACCGAAUGCCAAGCGCACUGCGAUCAGCCCUGUCUUAACGGCAUCUGCUCAGCACCGAACCAAUGCACCUGCAAGACGGGAUACGCCAAGGACCCGCAGAAGAGCAACCGUUGUCUGGCCCACUGCAAGGACGGUUGUCCGAACGGCGUCUGCUCCGCUCCCAACUUCUGUCUCUGUAACCCUGGUUACACCAAACAAUCGAAGGGUAGCAACGUUUGUAUUAAGAGAGAGCGCAGAUACGCCAUCCGCUACGACCUCAUCCCCGAGCAAAUUGAGUAAUUAGAAUCGAACAUCUCAUCAUAGCCUAUGAUGCUUUCUUAUUAUGUUCCCAUUAUGUUUUUUUUUUGUAUAAAUAUGUCUAAUAAUUACAAAAUAUAAUAAUAGAUUUAAAAGUU